GUUUGCUGCCUUAGUGUCGAAAUAGUCGUGGCUAUCAAAUUUUCGUAAACAAUAAGCAUCAAAAACGCCGCAGCUUUGUUUUUUUGUUUGUUUGUUUGUUUGUUUUUUUAUUUUAGAGUAGAAUUUUUAAAUUGAUUUUCUUCGAAAUUUUCCGUCAUGUUCCAUGAAAAUUUUCGCGUUCCAAUGUACGAGUAUUUUUUUGAAUACGAGUACGAGUACGAGUACGAGUAGGAGUAAAACAUUCGAUUAAGAGGGUAUUCGUUGAAAAUUCAUCAUGUUAAAAACGAGUAGCGCGUUACAUUUUCGACCUGCGAAAUACGUAAUCAUGGAGCUGGACGGCACGAUAAUAGAUACUCGAGCUUUGAUGAACGAUAUAGUCUCGGAAUAUCUGAAAAAAUUCAACAAAACCUUGAGUCCAGAAAUGGCAACUCAAAUAAUGGGUCGCAUAACGGAGGACUUGUACGACGUAUUGAAAGCCGAAUACAAAAUAAAUCACACCUAUCAAGAAUUCAAACGGCAAAUGACCACUCUUAAAGAAAAAUAUUUGCAAAAUGUCCAGCUGAUGGCGGGAGCUGAAAGUUUAGUGUCGUGGUUUUACGAGCGCGAUAUUCCAACCGCAUUAGUCACUAGUUGCACGGGAAAGGAAUUUGAAAAGAAAACCGUCAGUUGCGAAGAUUUGAUAAAGAAAUUUCAUCACGUUACCACUCGAGACGAUAUCGACCGAGGAAAACCAUACCCCGACAUAUUCAUCAUCUGCGCGUCGCAGUUCAUUCAGCCUCCGAAACCGCAAGAUGUUUUAGUUUUCGAAGGCACCGUUGCAGGAGCGGAAGCCGCCCGUUCGGCUGGAAUGCAAGUCGUACUGGUAGGACCAUGUUUCACCGAAGCAGAAAAACGAAAAGCAACUCAGGCUAUCGAUAAUUUGUGUCUGUUUGACGCCGACGAGUUCGGUUUAUCAUGAUGUACAUUGUACUCGGUAGUCGGUACCUAGCUACCUACUCGUAUACUUAUUCGUGAAUGGAUUACUCUCGCUGUAACACAAUUAUUUACAUGUACUUACCAUACCUAAAUUUCAUAACUUUUCAGAAAGCUCAGCUCGUAAAUCUGACCGACUGACGACAUCGGUUUGUUUGUAUUAAAGUACUUACAUCAUUA